GCUUGAUCCGUCUUAUUGAAUCCUUCGUGCUGUUUCCUUAUUAGCAUAUCAUUUGGGGGUAGACCGAUACAAUAUCUGGAGCAGAACCAGACAAUACUUACGCCUCUUCGUCCACAACGCUUACUGAACGUGGAGCUAAGACAGAUUCAGUAAUGGAAUGUUGAGAUCUUUACUCCAGAACAGAUUCCAAAGAAAUUUUGAUCCCUGGGCACCCACAUUCCGACAUGACGAGCAAUUGUGCGGAUAGCGAUGGUCCUGGUCCAUCAUAUUGCUUUGAUAGUCUGAUUUUAUUCGCUUGAAGUGCGACCUAGCCAUCACGAUGGAUGACGAGAAGGGAGAACCGUCGGGAUCCGAUCCUUGCGAGGAUGACAGUGAAGAAAAUAUCUUUGAGAUAAUUCUCGAUGCUAAGCAAAGGGAUCUCUUGUCAGCGGAAAAUCUUGGUCAUCUUCUAGGGACAUGCCCCGUUUUUCAAUUAGAAUCAGCAUGGGGUAGUAUAUCAUCGCCCUGCAAGUUUCCUGCAACGCCAGAAGAUGUUUCCAAGAACUUGUGGCUCAGGCAAUGGUCUCCUCUCAACUUCAAGGACGAUACCCAGAAGGCUUACUACCGCUACCAGCCGUGCCUUCUAGAGACAGGCACCAAAUUGUAUUAUGUCGUCUGCUUGGAACCAGGAAUCUCUGACUACAAGUACAUAGGGACCCAUAGCUGGAUCGCUCUUCCGCCUUUGAACUUCCUUCCUCCGGGUUGUGAUAGGGUCAUCGCUGGCUCAGCCGGUUUGUUAGUUUUGGACGGAGGUGAACAGCCGGGGGCAAUGCCUAUUACGCUCUGGGGACGACCAGCAGUUCCUAAUGAUAAAUUCUGGAAAGACGGCAAGGCGAGAAAGCAAAGCGGGGGACAAUCUAUUGUAGAAGCAGUGCUUUGUCCAUGCGAACUCCAUAGAGAAAGCUCGACCGAUUCCGUAUCACGAAUGUGGUCGAUCAGGGAUGGCCGUCGUCAACUUCGGCGUCUACUUCGGGGGCGUUAAGAUUUUAGAGAGGAUAAAUGAUGAGGAUAUUGACAUACCUGCAAUCUACUACUUUAACAUUAGUGACAGCAAAAGACAGUGCAUGUGUUUCGACUUCAAAUUGGACUACAUGGCGGGCCGGGAAGUGCAGCCUCCCAAGGUGUUACAGGCAGGGCCGACUCAAGUGUUCGCAGUAACACGAUACGCCACAAUUCCUACCAUAAUCUGGAUUGUAGAGGUUGAAUUGCACCCUGACGGAAUGCCAACAGGCAAAUAUAAGAAGGUGCCGGGUGGAGUGAUGCCCAGUCUGCUGUAUCUGCGACUUUUCCCCUCCGAAGACGAAGCGUUGCUUCCAUAUGAAUGUACUGGUGUGGAUGGAAAGAUUACAUUUAAGGUGAAUAAUGAACAAAAUGUACUUGUUACUUAUGACAGCAUCAGGUGUAUGUGGGGGAUUUUUGAACAUCCCAAAUACGAAGAUCAAAGGAAUUUCCAGCUGUUUGACGGUUGUUACGAACCUGACUUCACCGCAAGACCGUGAGAAAAGGUGUGUGCAUCAAAUCAGAUGUACGGCGAUUGUGUGAACUGAUUUUUGUCUCUCAAGUCUUUCACUCCACUUUGAUUCAAUCAUCCAGCAACGGAGUUAUAACUUCUUUGGACGUGAAACCCUGUGAGGGAAUUCGGUGUUGUUGACGUUGAAAAGUCCGCAAGCUCACACGCUUAUUUCAGAUUUUCUGUGAAUCAUGAGACUGCUUCUUUUAGUGUUUGUCAGAAACAGAAACAGAAACAGCAACAGGGCUCAAGUUCAUUGAGUGCAAGCAACAAACGGAUAGAGGAAUAAAAAAAUUGCUUGAGAUGAUCACUCAAAUUAGUACUAUAACUGUUGGAUAUGAUACAAAAAGUCAAUUCGAAACUAACUACGCUCUGAGAUGACGAGAUACUUUAUGAUCAAACGAAGAAUGUCAGGUAUGUCAUUCUAAAUUGUUCCAAUUA